AUGUCGCAAAUGCUGAGGAGCGUCAAGAAUGUCACCAAGGGAUACUCGUCAGUCCAGGUCAAAGUCAGAAAUGCGACCAGCAACGAUCCCUGGGGCCCAACAGGCACCGACAUGGCCGACAUCGCCAAGAUCACCUACAACAGUUCGACGGACUUCUAUGAAGUUAUGGAUAUGCUUGACAAGCGUCUCAACGACAAGGGCAAGAACUGGCGUCACGUCCUCAAAUCGCUCAAAGUCCUGGACUACUGUCUUCACGAGGGCUCCGAGCUGUGCGUCACUUGGGCUCGCAAGAACAUUUACAUCAUCCGCACCCUCCGCGAGUUCAUCUACCUUGACGAGGAGGGACGCGACGUGGGCCAGAACAUUCGCGUUUCUGCCAAAGAAUUGACAUCCCUCAUCAUGGACGAAGAGCGCCUGCGCGCCGAGCGUCAAAACAGACACUCAUGGAAGUCAAGAGUCACCGGUCUUGAAGACAUGUCGGGUGGAGGAGGCUAUGAGAGCGAGACACAUUCGACUCCCAGAAAACCGCGCGAGCGUACCAACAGAGUGCGCACCGAUGAUGAAGAUCUCGAAUACCGACUCGCCCUCGAGGCAAGCAAGAACGAGGCCGAGGAAGAUGCCAGACGACGUGCCCAGAAGAGCAGGGGCGGUGAGGAAGACGACGAUCUGGCCAAGGCUCUCAGACUGAGCAAGGAAGAGGAAGAAGCACGCAAGCGCGAAUUCGACGACGCAAAUGCUAGUUCGCUGUUUGAUGAUACACCGGCCCAGACACAGCAGCCCACAGGCUUCAACCAGGGCUACCAGCAACAGACAGCCGUCGACUGGUUCGGCAAUCCUAUGGCACAGCAGCAACCUCAGUCCACUGGUUAUCUGAACAACGCCUACAACCAACAGCCGCUUCAAGCUCAGCAAACCGCCUUCCCUUCGCAAGAUUAUUCAGGCUACUACCAGCAGCCUCAGCCCACCGGCUUCGACCAGUCCUUCCAGCAACAACAGCAGCCGCAACAACAGUUUCUGCAGCCUCAGGCCACUGGCUACAAUCCAUGGGCCACUCAAAUGCAGCCUCAGCAAACCCAGCCUCAGCAGCCACAGAUGACAGCCCAGCCCGGCUCCAACAAUCCAUGGGCUCUUUCUUCCCCUGCAUCACAAGAAGCCCUGCGUCCCCAAGCGACUGGCUCCAACAACCCCUUCGCCUCGUCGUUCAAUCGCCCCCAACAAACUCAACAGAGAGCACCCACUUUGUCUGCUUUGCAAGAACAAAAGACGGCAACUCAGUUCACUCAGCCCGCCUACAACCCUAUCACCAGCUACCAGGCCCCUCCACCCGCAGCUGCUCCCUUCCAACAACCCGCACAGACUGCUCAGCCCAUGGACCCCCACCGUGCACAGCUGAACGCCCUCCUUUCUUCCGGCGAAGGUCAAGACACGUUUGGCAACGUUGGCAAUAUGCGUAUUCCUGCCCAACACACUGCUCCAGGCACUUUCGUCAACAGUGCCGGUCAAGGUCUGACCAAGCUCGAAGCCUCGCGCACUGGCAACAACCCAUUCCUGCAAACUCAAUUUACCGGCAUGCCUCAACAGCAGUUCCCUGCGCAAACUGGUCCUGCUAAUGGCUAUGCAUCAUCCAAUCCUUUUGGCCAAAAACAGCAAGGUCCUCAGCAAUCUGGCAGUCUGAUCGACCUGUGA